AUGAGCAUGCAAACUUUAGAAAAAUUAAGCCUCGAGAGUAUCGCGAAGGACAUGAGCCUGUGGUGCAACGCAUCGGUCGCAGAUCUUAAUCGGUUCAAGUAUGUUCUUGGUCCGUUUGAUGGCUUGAGUGAGUUUAACUACGUACAUGUACUUUGAACUAUUUUAAACGGUUUUGUAACCCAGCAUUUAUAAUUAGUUUGGCUUUUUGGGGUAACAUACACGGUAAUGGCUCGGGCCAUACUCUGUUUGUGGCAGAGGUCAACUGGGGUUCAUGGGGGAUGGGGCAAGGAAGCUGGAGUAACUGCAUGAAUCUCUCGUGUCUUUUUCCUAGAUUCUUAUUGCAUGAAUUAAGUAGUGAGUCAGACUAGCUGGAUUUGAAACUUGGAAUAUAAAUGAUAAAUUGUUGAACUGUGAUAUUUAUGAAUGAGGGCCUGAAGCCUUUCCUAGCUUUAAAGGAAGAUUUUUGGUUAUCCAAACAUUUACUUGAUAUGUUGUUGUUAUUUUGUAGACUCUGGCCUUAUUCAAGAACUUUUGAAUAUUUUGAGUCAAAAGAAGAAAAUUAAAGUGUGUCACCUUCAUGUUCUUCUCCACUCUAAUGUUAAGCAUGUGGAUUUGAGUGUCUGUUCCUCACUCAUCAAUGAUCAGAUCAUUUCUGCUGUGGGAUUUCGUUGUAAGGUUUGUAUUGUUUAGUCAUCAGAGAAAACAUGAUGAUUGUUAUUAGGAUAUAACAGCUUCAUAGAGAAAAUUUUACUGGUCAAUAAAUCCUAAAUCCUCUAUUAAAAGGUUUAAAAGCAUAAUGACUCAUUCUUCUUUAUAAAGAAUAUAAAGCACAUGAUGCUCUUGACAUUUAUUGAUCAUAGCAGUAUGUAGGAUGGAUGUCAUACACAAACACAGUUUUUUACCUUACUUUUCCAAAUUUACAGUAACUGGAUGAAGCCUUAGUUUUAAAGGAAAACAGUUGAAAUUAUCUAGGACUUCAGGAAAUUUCUUCAACAUACCUUUGUGAAAACUGAGCUAAAACGUUCCUUUUUUGAAAAGAAAUUGUCUGUUAAGUCGAGACAAUGCUCUUAGGAAGGUGUGCUAAGCCAUCUUAGGGUACUUUCAUUAGUGAUUCUUUGAAUUAAGGACUAGAAUUAUCUACAGAUUUUAUUGUCUUUCUUCAGAAAAUUACACAGCUCUGUCUGAAGAACUGUUCACGCCUCUCAGCAAAAGCAUUGAAAGAGAUUCCUUCAGACUUAACACGUCUUCAGUCCAUUGAUCUCAGUGGAUGUUUGGCUUGUACAGAUGAAAUGUUAAACUUACUUGGAACAUCAUGUCCUGAGCUGACAGUAUUGCGGGUGGAGUCAUGCACCCUUCUCACAGAUGCUGGUAUAGAUGGUUUGUGUGGAGAUGAUAAAAAUCCAAAGUGCCAAAGGUUAAAAGAAGUCAACUUGUCAUCAACUGGCGUAACCAGUUAUGGAAUACAAAAACUAUUGAACUCUCAACAAGAAAUACAAAAGGUGUCUUUUGCAAUGACAAACUCAGUUGAUGAAUUUGACAUAAGUACCCCAAGCUUAAAACUUAUUUCUUUGGAUUUGUCGUACACAUUUAUCACAGAUACAUGCAUGAAAGUUCUCUGCAAGAGGUGCCCCUUAUUGUGUGAGCUAUCACUUAACUGCUGUACUUCACUCACAGCAAUGUCUUUAGAGUUCAUUGCUUCACUAACCCAUCUGAAGGUUCUGCACAUUGGUGAUAACAAGGCAAUGAAAUUUCAUCCCCAUAUUGCACAAUUCUUGGUCAAAGCUGGAAAUUCGUUGAUUGUGCUGGAUAUUUCUGGAAUGGAUAGAGUGGAUACUGAGAUCAUUGGGGUCUGCUGCAGGUCCUUACAAACUUUAAAUAUGGCAGACUGCACUGAAGUAACUGGCAGUUACAUACGUGUUUCAACUUCAGAGGAAAGCAAAUGGAUAACCUUGACACAAGCUUGCCCAAAGUUGUCUAUUCUUAACCUCCAUGGCUGUCAUUUUUCGCAUCACAAAUCACUCGCAGAACAUCUCUUAGCCAUUUUCUCCAAGUCAACAGAAUUACAAGAGCUAGAUUUAUCUGGAAUUGAAAAACUGAGUGACGGAAUCAUUUUACAGUUUAUACAGUCAUCAGGUUUAUCAUUUUUGAGGUCUGUUAAUUUUUCAAUGUGCAGUAAAAUAUCAGUAGAGUCAGCAGAAUUGCUUGUUAAAACAUGCAAAGGCCUCUUUCAGUUGAAUCUUUCACAUUGUAAGAAUAUUUCUUUGCGUGAUGCUGAGAAUUUAAAGAAGGUAGUUAGAGACGCUAAAAGUACAGCAAAGAUUGCCUGGAUAUAA